AUGGGGUCGUUCUUGGGAAAGCUGUUUGUUGAUCCCACCAUCCUGCCUGGCGGAGACAACUGCGGUGGCAACCACACCCUCUACAACAUCACACAGCCCAAUGACCCGCUCAACUGCUCAGAGUCUGGAUAUGGCUUCGUGCAGGUCCUGUUCCUGAUGUUCGCAUACGCGUACGUCCUGUUUUACGCCUCGAAUCUCAUAUCCGAUGGAAGCGAGCUCCUACUCCUCGUGCCAUCCAUGCGAGACAUUGUGGGAAGCGUUGUGCUGCCGAUCCUCGGCGCACCACACGGGCAUCGGGGCAAGUUCCAGAAGUUGACCAUCACGGGCAGGCGCGGGCUGCUGCACACAGGUGUCAGCAUCGCCGGCUCCAUCAGAACCAGCGCAAAGAUCAUGAUUGUCACCUCGCUGUCGUACCUCAUUAUCCAGGGCCCUGCCUUCUUUUAUGAGCGCACGCACCACAAGCCGACACCCGGCGAGACGCACCACCAGUCCAGGCACGAACGCGACUGGGCCAUCGCCGGGUUUGCCGUGACCAUGGUCGCUUUUGUCGGCUACCUCAUCUAUCAGGUCAAGUUUGCCAAUAUCGACGAUGCAGUGAACAACGCGAUGCGAAAGGCCAUUGGCGAGAAAAUCGUCUCUCUCUCCGGCGCUUUUGCUCUCGAUCUACAGAAAACGGCGGCGAGUCGGCGUGCGUCCGCUUCUGAAGAAACCGGACUGAUUGACCGCAACCCGGCGCGGUUGCGCGAGUUUCUGCUGUCCUUUUUCCACAAGUACGACCACGACAAGAACGGAUCCAUUGACCAGAACGAACUCGCCCUCCUCCUCAGAGACCUGAACGAGGACACGCCACCAAGCAUCCUCAUGAAGGAAAUCGACACAGACAACAGCGGCGCAAUCGACUUUGACGAGUUUUCAACGGCAAUGAUGCAUUACAUCAUGCAGGCCGACGACGGCACGUUGCAGCACACGGGCCAGAUCCAAUCCGUUUCGGCGUUUAAUGGCGGUGCGACGGAGGUUGAUGUCGACGGAAGCGACGACGACGAGGAAGACUAUGAAGACGAAGAUGAAGACGAGGAGGAAGACCUGGUGGUUGGUGCCGCUGCGCACAUGCGGGCCCACCGCCUGGUCGACGCGCUGUGGAUCUUCUCGCUGUAUCCGCUCUCUCUCGUCAUUGUCGCCGUUCUCGAGGGACCCGUUGGUCUCGACUGA